AUGGAUGAUUUAAACAAAGUUGAAGGCACAGGUAAUGUGAAGGCUGUACUGUUAAUGAUACUGCUCCAGACUCUAUAUGCAGUGGUGAAUAUCAUGUUAAAGAUAGUAGCAGAUGAUGGAAUGAGCUUAAGUAUUCUUAUUGCCUACCGAUUCAUCUUUGCUAGUGCCUUCAUUGUUCCCCUAGCUCUCAUCGUUGAAAGGUGCUGGAAUAUGGAUGAUUUAAACAAAGUUGAAGGCACAGGUAAUGUGAAGGCUGUACUGUUAAUGAUACUGCUCCAGACUCUAUAUGCAGUGGUGAAUAUCAUGUUAAAGAUAGUAGCAGAUGAUGGAAUGAGCUUAAGUAUUCUUAUUGCCUACCGAUUCAUCUUUGCUAGUGCCUUCAUUGUUCCCCUAGCUCUCAUCGUUGAAAGGAAACAUCUGCAAGAUGUUACUGGGAAAGUUGCAUUCCAAGGUUUUCUCUGUGGGUUAUUUGGGGGAUCCUUACUACAAGGUCUCUACGUUAAAUCGUUGGCCUUGACGUCUGCAGUAUAUGUUUCAGCCAUGAUGAAUCUCGUCCCUGGUGUCACCUACCUUAUGUCUAUUUCUCUCGGGUGUCGAGGAAGAAAUAUUGUGUGGUUGGUGAGGCAAUGUCCAAUGAUCAAUGCUCGUCUUGCUCAUGGGGGACCUCACGUGUGGUUCAUUAGAGGAAUGGUUGCAGCCAAAUAUGCUACUGUGGAGAGCUUGCCGUAUUAA